AUGGUGAAUCUCCAGAAAUUCAAGCUGUUAGCAACGCAGUGUGCAGUUGCCAGAAGCCCAAAUAGGAGCCCAGCAAUUCACCUCCGCCGGAGAAGAAGCACUAUCCGUAUUCUGCUCAGCCUCGGCGGAGGAGGUUGUGGAGGCGGAAGAAGGCUGCAGCCGCGCCGUGAAGUUGGAUAUCCAGACCACCGGCCUCGGGGGGAUGCAAAAUCAUCGGAAAAGGGGAAGGAGAUUGUUGCCAGCCAUAAGCUGAAGGAUUUGUUUGUUUCCUCGCCACCGGCGUUCGAGGAGAGGGGUUCGGAGAAUAUGAGAGAAGGGCUUUUACCGGUGGCCGGAGGUGGUGGCGUACGUUCUCGGCGACCUUUAUCGGCGAUGUUCCGGCAGCGGCUGCUUAGGAGAGCUUGGCGGCCUGUUCUCGUCGCCAUACCUGAGUGA